UUUAUUUUGAUACUUAUUUUGGGGUUUUCCAAUGGUUUCCUGUUUUAAAGAGGAAGUAGGCCAUAUUCCUUCAGUGGUUUAGUUGUGCAAGGUACUCCAUGUGGUUGCAGACAUCCAUCUUCAUCUCGUUUACCAAAGCCUUUUGAAAUGCAAUAUCUUUUCACACUUUUCAUGAUUAAACUUCAUAAAUUGCACCUUCGUGGAGUUUAUUGUGGAAGUGUUUAGCGGCUGGAUAACUGGAUCCAUUAAAACAGUGAGGCCAGUGACAGUGGAAAGAUAAGCAGCAAAUUGGAAAGCUGGAGGGGAUGCCUGUCUAACAACUGCAUCUAUUAGAGAGAUAAAGGAAUAUCUCUGUGUGUUAGUCUACACAAAGAUCAUGUCUUCAAGAGAAUCUAAAUCAUCACUGCGCCAUCGCAUGCACAAAGAAAGUGAUGAUGCUUGCUCAAGUUCUCAAGCUUCCACCUCAUCAAGAAGCUCUACAGCCAGUUUAGCGGUUACGAAAGCUCGUGCGAGGGCAGAGGCAGCCAAGGCAAGAGCGGCUCAUGCAAAGAAAGAAAUUGAGAUUAAAGUGGAACAAGCCCGACUUCAAGCAACACUAGAGGCACUGCAAGAAGAGAAAGAAAAAGAUGCGGCCAUAGCAGAAGCAGAAAUUCUAGCAGCAACCUUCACAGAAGUUGACCAUGUAUCAGCAUCAGAGUUUUCCAAAGAGAUCAGCCUCCAACGCACUGCAGACUAUGCAAGAGACCAAGCUUCUAGCCGUAGCUUACAGUGUAGUCCUGAGCACAUGUCAGACACUUACAGCCUGGCCAAAUUCAUUGCACGCAGUCAGUUGGUAACUUCUGGACUGAAUUCUUUUGAUGAUAAACCUGUAAAUUAUUGGGCUUGGCGAUCAUCUUUCAAAAGUACUAUUGCAGACCUUGACCUUAAGCCAGAGGAAGAGAUGGAUCUGCUCAUCAAAUAUCUCGGUAGAGAAUCAUCUGAACAGGUACGAAGACUAAAAUCAGUUAAUAUUAGGCACCCUUUUGAAGGUCUACAAAUGGCUUGGGAGAGGCUAGAGGAAAUGUAUGGUUCGUCAGAGGCAAUUGAAAGAGCUCUCUUCUCUAAAUUGGAAAGCUUCCCUAAGAUAUCUGGUAAAGAUCUGUAUAGGCUGCGUGAUCUUGGAGACCUGCUUGCAGAACUGGAGGCAGCCAAGCUGGAUGGCUAUCUUCCUGGGUUGUCUUAUCUUGACACCACUCAUGGAGUGAGCCCGAUUGUAGGAAAACUCCCUUAUAAUAUCCAAGAAAAAUGGAUAUCAUAUGGAUCGAAGUAUAAGAGAGAACAUUUUGUGGCCUUCCCACCAUUUUCUGUGUUUGCUGACUUUAUUCGUUCAGAAGCUAAAACAAGAACGGAUCCCAGCUUUGCCAUUUUUCCUUCAGCACCACAACAAGAAAAUCGAGAUAGAUCAGAUAAAUUCAGGCAAGCUUCUAUAGCUGUUCAUAAAACCCAAGUCAACAUGUCUGAAACAAGAAAUGCUACGGACAGGAUACGGACUGUUGAUCCUCAACGAUAUUGUAUCAUCCAUGACAAGCCACAUCCAUUAAAAAGAUGCAGAGGCUUUAGAGCAAAAAGUCUUGAAGAUCGUAAACAGUUUCUUAAGGAACAUUCAGUAUGCUUCAGGUGCUGCUCUUCAAUAGAGCAUAUGGCAAAAAACUGCAAAGCUGAAAUCCACUGCACUGAAUGUGAUAGUGAUCGUCAUGUGUCCGCUUUACAUCCUGGUCCAGCACCCUGGAGGAAAACCGUCUCUCCUGUCUUAGAAGAUGGCGGGGAGGAAAGUGAAUUAACCAAUCAAGAGGUAACAUCAAAAUGUACUGAAGUGUGUGGAGUUGGAAAGAGUGCUAGAGCAUGUUCCAAGAUUUGUCUGGUUAAUAUCUAUCCUGUGGGUAACAAAUCAGAAUCCAGAAGAAUGUAUGCAAUUCUGGAUGAUCAGAGCAACCGCUCAUUGGCAAGAACAGAAUUUUUUGAAGAGUUUCAAAUUGAAGGAUCUUCUUUUCCAUAUUCACUCAAGACAUGUGCUGGAUUAACAGAGACAACAGGAAGGAGAGCUAGUGGCUACAUUGUGGAAUCAUUGGAUAAGAGUGUAAGCCUUCAUCUUCCUACACUGCUAGAGUGCAAUCAGAUUCCUAACAUUCGUUCUGAAAUUCCUACCCCAGAUGCAGCGCGUCAUUUCAGUCACCUCAGGGAUAUUGCUGAUGAAAUACCAGCCCUAGAUCCAGAUGCUAACAUCCUCCUCCUCCUUGGUAGGGACCUCAUUAGGGUCCACAAGGUCCGUCAACAGAUUAAUGGUCCACACAAUGCUCCAUUUGCUCAAAAGUUAGAUCUGGGAUGGGUAGUUAUUGGAGAUGUGUGUCUUGGAGGUGCUCAUCGACCUGUUCAUGUAGAUGUUUUUAAGACCUCCAUACUUGAAAAUGGCCGCCCCAGCUUCUUCUGGCCCUGUGAAAGUCAGUUCCACAUAAAAGAGCAGUAUGGCACCAAGCUUCAGUUUCAAUAGCAUCUUACAUCAAAAGGUGUAGGUGCUUUAGCAACAUGUGCAAGCGAGGAGCUAGGCCAAUCAAUCUUUGUCCGUACAUCCAGAGAUCACAAGCUUGCACUGUCAGUGGACGAUGACAGGUUUCUACGCUUAAUGGACAAAGAGUUCUAUCAGGAUGAAUCCAAUGGCUGGGUGGCUCCUUUGCCAUUUCAAGUUCCCAGAAGGCGGCUUCCAAAUAACAGAAAGUAUGCUUACAACCGCCUAUCCUCACUUCGUCAUACUUUAGACAAACGUCCUCAGAUGAAAGCCCAUUUUCUUGAGUUUAUGGACAACAUGUUCUCUAACGGACAUGCAGAAAUUGCUCCCCCACUCAGGAAAGACCAAGAGUGCUGGUAUCUGCCUUUGUUUGGUGUAUAUCAUCCGAAGAAGCCAAACAAGAUCCGUGUGGUCUUCGACUCCAGUGCACCUUAUAAUGGAUAUCAAAGAUGUUGACCUCUUCUUUGAAGAUACUCCAGUCCAGCGUAGCCUAGGAGUGUCAUGGAACUUGGCAUCAGAUACAUUUACUUUCCAAGCUAUUGACGACAAUAAGCCAUUCACACGGCGAGGUGUACUGUCAACUGUAAACAGCUUAUAUGAUCCAUGUGGUUUUAUUGCUCCUGUUACCAUCAAAGGUAGGCUGUUGCUUCGGGAGCUCUCAAUGCAGGCUGAAGACUGGGAUUCUCCAUUACCAGAUGACAUAAAGCCAGAAUGGAUCAGAUGGAGGAACUCCUUACAAAAUUUGCAAGAUCUAAAGAUACCACGAACUUACUCAUCUUUUCCUACUUCUGAGGUUCAGUCAAGGGAAUUGUGUAUAUUUGCAGAUGCAUCUGUAAAAGCUGUUGCAGCUGGCUUUGUGUUUGGAAAGACAAAGUUGGCACCACGGCCAGAUCUGACUGUUCCGAGAUUGGAACUCUGUGCAGCAGUUCUAGCAGUUGAGAUCGCAGAUAUGGUUGUAGAAGAAAUAGGCUUGCAGUUCAAUAGUAUCCAGUUCUACACAGACAGUAAGGUUGUUCUUGGAUAUAUUCAUAAUCGAACAAAACGCUUUUAUGUGUAUGUGAACAACAGAAUCCAACGAAUUCUUCAGUCAUCUACUCCUAGCCAAUGGAACUAUGUUCCAUCAGAUGUCAAUCCUGCAGACCAUGGGUCUAGAUCUGUAUCAGCUGAUUGUCUCAGUAGUACAACUUGGCUUACAGGGCCAGAUUUCCUUUUGAAAUCUCCAACCUUAAACGCCUUGCUUCAAGAGGAUUAUGACCUUGUUGAUCUUGAAGUAGAUCCAGAAAUCCGACCACAAGUGAUUUCAUGUUUAACUGAAGUGCCUAAUCAGUUCCUGACUCCUGAGCGUUUUGAACGCUUCUCCAGCUUGAGUAAGCUAAUUAGAACGAUCGCUCGUUUAAGCCACAUCUCCCAGUCAUUCUCCCAUUCAACAAAUAAGCCAAGAUGUAGUGGAUGGCAUCUCUGUAGUAACAGCCCUACAAAUGAAGAGUUGGAAAAGGCCAGGAUUGUUAUUCUAAAGAGCGUUCAAAAUGUAGCCUAUCCAGAAGAGCUAAGUGAUAUAAAAGCAGGAUGCAAUCUCUCACCUAAAAGUAGUAUACUGAAACUUCAUCCUAUUCUGGAUGAUAAAGGCCUUCUGCGUGUUGGAGGCCAUAUUGCCCAGGCAGGUUUUGAGAAGGAAGAAUGCAAUCCUGUUAUUAUUCCUGGGAAACAUCACAUAGCAACUUUGCUUGUUAGACACUACCAUCAAGCAGUCAAGCAUCAAGGAAGGCAUUUUACUGAGGGAGCAAUACGAGCAGCAGGGUAUUGGCUGAUGAGUGCCAAAAGAUGCAUUGGAAGUCUACUUAACAAGUGUGUGACAUGUAGAAAGCUUCGUCGUCCUACAGAGCUCCAACAGAUGGCAGAUUUGCCCGCAGAAAGACUUCAAGUGGCUCCACCUUUCACAUAUGUAGGAGUCGAUGUAUUUGGACCAUGGCAGGUUGUUUCUCGCCGCACAAGAGGAGGCUGCUCCAAUUCCAAAAGAUGGGCAGUCAUUUUCUCUUGUAUGUGCACAAGAGCAGUGCACAUUGAAGUUGUAGAGACAUUGAGCUCAAGCGUAUUCAUUAAUGCUUUGAGACGUUUUUUUGCAAUAAGGGGACCUGCUAAGCAGAUACGCUCUGAUUGUGGCACAAACUUUAUUGGAGCAGUACAGGAGCUCAAGAUGAAGAAGGAAACUUCAGGCUCUGAUCUUCAGAAGUAUCUACAACAACAUGCUUGUACAUGGAUAUUCAAUCCUCCCCAUGCGUCACAUAUGGGAGGUGCUUGGGAAAGGAUGGUGGGUAUAGCCCGACGUAUUCUUGACUGUAUGUUGCUUGAAAGAAAGUCCCUGUAUCUCACACACGACGUUCUUGUAACCCUUAUGGCAGAAGUUUCUGCCAUCAUUAAUGCACGCCCUCUCGUGCCAGUAUCUUCAGAUCCUGAAGUUCCUUUAAUACUCACUCCUGCUAUUCUGUUGACCCAGAAAACCUGUUCGAUCCCUCCACCUCUUGGCGAAUUUACAGAUAAUGAUCUUUUCAAGGCUGAGUGGAAAAGAGUUCAAAACCUUGCAGAAACAUUUUGGACAAGAUGGCGUCGUGAGUAUCUUACCACUCUACAGAGUAGGCAGAAGUGGCAAGACAAGAAGCCUUGUCUCAAGGAAGGAGACAUUGUGUUGAUGAAGGAUAGCCAAGCAGAGAGAAAUCAGUGGCCUAUGGCUGUCAUUGCAAAAACACUACCUAGUAAAGAUGGUCUUGUGAGGAAAGUGGAGCUGAAAUAUAUCAGAGAAGGCAUGCAGAAAAACUUUGUUCGCCCUAUAUCAGAAGUGGUUCUGCUUUACUCCUCCUAAGAUAUUGGAGUACAAAAAAAAUUAAA